GCACAUCCAUCCGACACAUUAUCGUCAGUCGUGUCGAUGGUACAUGGCAGGUCGAUAGUGAAUUAUUCUAGAUAUCACAUAUCAAUCAGAAAUAUAUCCGAGAUAGCGAGCACUUUGAUAUUACAAUCAUUGCGACGGGCACGUGUUUCUUCGAUUCAAAACCGAGUCGGAUUUCGCGGGUUUUUUCGUUUUUAUCAGCGCGCAGCUUCACCUAAUGCGGCACGCAGCAACAGAAAUUAAGGAAACGAUGAAGGAGACUCUCUCGAAACAGGAUAUAAAAUUAGAGUGGGAGGACCGACGUUCAUCCGGAAACAGUUCUCCUCAGGUGACGAGAAUGUCCGAGGAACAAACAACUGGAAGUCCACAAAGCGUCAUCACGACUCGAAGGUAUACCCGGACGAUCACAGCCACAGGCCACAUCACCGAGACGAUAGCUAGUCAAGAACCACAUUCUCCGGAAACAAAUUCAAACAUGAAACAGGUUAUCCAGCAGCAGAAAAUACACGUUAAGGAUGAAAAUUCUGAUCAGCGAAGAUAUCAAGAGGAGAUGCAACAUCAUGCAGACCAUGUACCAGUUUCUCCUCAUGGUAGUCCCAAUCAGCAACACGUGGGAGAUCAGCAUCCUGUUAUUUUCUCAAUCAGCAACGGACAGGAACUCCAGGUUGAAGCUGUUGAACCUUCUGAAGCAAGGAAAGAACCACCUAGGUACGAAUCUGCAAUUCCGGAGAGAUCAGAAAGUGAGAGGAUCUUCCUUUUCUCCAAGGAUCCAGAAAUGAGAAGAGAUAGUCACGUGAUUGCUCUCCAAGUUCAGGAACAUCGCAGACAUCAGGUCCAUCAUCAUAGAAUCAGUCCUCACCAGAAUAAUGAACAGGGAAGAUAUCAGCAUUCACCUGUCAAUGCUUCCAAUGAGGAUUAUGAUUCAACUGUUAUGGUUGUUCAACCUGGUGGUGUUCAACUGACAAACUCAUCAGCUACUUAUUCGCCACCGACUGAAUUAAGAACUAGCCAACAUCAACAAAUCAUCAAUGCUGCCUACGCUGAAGCGGCAAACGGCACUGUCAAGUAUGAUACAGAAACUACUACUGCUGCUGAUAGUAUAAAAGUCUCUAGUACUUAUACAACCCUAGAAACUGCAGCUCUUGCACCUCCUCAAGCAGUUCCUUAUAAUCAGUACCUUGUAGCUGCUGAUGCUUUCCAACAACCUGGUGGAUAUAGUUACACCAAAUCCGGAGAAUUUUUCUUCUUGCCAACUAGUAAUCCGUCCGGAAUAAGAGCUGAGGUGGAACCGCCAGCUUAUAUAAAAAGUGAUCCAACCCUGACAUCGUCAUCGCUCCUCAAUUCUCGAACUGUAGCUCUUCAGUAUCAACCAGGUUCUCCAGGUUCACAAAUGGACCUUUACAGUACAGGUGGCACGGUUUCUUAUCCAUAUCCAAAAUCUGUAAACGAACACUAUUGGUCCAGUGGACCAGGAUCGCCUCCAGGACUGGAAUGUGGACAAGGUUACCCAGGUGUAACGAUAUCACCUAGUGAUGCUGGAAGUGUCAACACGGGAGCUUAUUCUGGUGGUUCCUACAUCACCUCUGGACCAAAUGGACCACCAUCACCAUGGGGGAUACAUCUUCCUAGUUCUAUGGACUCUGGGUUGGACGAACAAGUCUUAAAUUCAGAAAUGAAGGAAUGUGUCAACUGUGGGGUCAUGGGAACACCACUAUGGAGACGAGAUGUCACUGGAAAUUAUCUCUGCAAUGCCUGUGGUCUUUAUAACAAAACAAAUGGAGUUAGCAGACCACCUAUUCGUUGUGCAAAACCAAAACAGGCCAUCACACCGGGCGGUGGAAGAAGACCAGGAGUAAGAUGUGCAAAUUGCGGGACAAGCAACACAACCCUCUGGCGAAGAAACAAUAACGGAGAACCAGUUUGCAAUGCCUGUGGUCUUUACUUCAAACUACACAGUGUGAAUCGACCAAUGAGUAUGAAGAAAGACGGAAUUCAGACGAGGAAAAGGAAACCGAAAAACCAUGCCAGUAUGGGAUCAGGCCUUGGCGGACCAAGUGGUAUACACAAGACCGAGAUUAAGUCCAGCUUACUCGUGGACUCGAAGCUGCAGUUGAGUAUGUAUUCAAGUGGCGGUAAGGGUGGAGGGGGCAACGAUCAUUAUUCUCCUGUCGGUACAUUGACGACUUCACAUUUAGGACAUGCUCAUUCGCCCCUUGCAUUACCUUCUGCCGCAGUUUUGAAUCGUCAAACUACCCUAACACAAAAAAAAAUUCUCUCCUCUCUCCAAGGCGCCGGCACAGAGCAGACUAUCAUGGAUUAUUCACUUUUCAUUAGGAGGAAUCUAGAAACAAUCAAGAGAAAAAAGAACGCGUGCCACCUCUAGAGCCAAUCCAUAGUCGAGCAAGUAGUGACCUCACGACGGUCAUAACAUCAACGACAGCAGCAAUGCAUACCGACAGAUCUUGAGGUGGUUCGAGUCUCAAGACUCGAGACAUCCUCCGAUAAAUUCGAAACUUGCCUUACCGGUUGCGAUCUGCCUUACCUGGUUUCAAAAUUUCCGCGCCCUGAAUUCGUUCGCCAUCUCGUGCAGAAUAACUCAAGUUUUCCAUUUCAAACGAGUCACCAUGCCAAAAACUCAUAAAAUCAGAAAAAAAGCAUUUUUUAUGCCUAAAAAAUUUUAGACCAUUUUUCUCCUUUAUUGCUUAAUUACUUUUAAGUAUCUGCGAUCUAUUAUAAUAAAAAAUAUACACUAGACUACAAGAAUUAAUAAAAUUAUCUGAAGUAUAUUUUUUAAAUAUUGUAAUGAAAAUGGAAGUUGACAGAAGAGAGUUACAAUAAUUUGUAUGUACAUAGCUUUUGUAACACUUUGUCCAAAAAUUUGUUUAGAUUUAAGUAUGAAAAUUACCCCAAAGAGUAAUAUAUAAAUAUUAUAUAUCGUAGGGAGUGUAUUAAUAGACAAAUGUGACGUAAAAACAUACAAUUUUGGAUAAAAUUUAA